GUCAGUCUAUAGCCUUCGCGAAAUCAUGGCAUUGAAUGUACGAAAUGUUUCUAACAAGGAGGAACUCAACUUCAACCUCACAUCCCUAACUCUGUUCGUUAGUGCGUGCUUGCUGAGUGUGUAGUCUUCUAAAACCUUCUCCGAGAUUCAUGUUCAUGCGCGAUGCUCUCACAUUAUUCUAACUAAGGUAGAAGGACUUGUGUGUGCAACACAGUGGAUGACGCUACGUGCUAUGGAAGCGUUAUAAUUAUAAGCACCGACGUCUCAGUUCAAGAUCGGAGCUGCAGAGCGUAGUAUCUCCAGCACUGCCCAAAAACUAUCUAAUGAUCCUGGCAGGAACCCUGGAGGGCCCUUCUGGUGACAGCAAACUAUUACUUGGUCUCAUUCGACUACAUAAGCUGAAUCAUCAGAUCGAUGUACCUGUGCUACCCGUGUACAAUGAAUGAGAGACCUGCGGUGCAAAGCAUAUCAAAAUGACCAACUUGGCAGCGUUUGUUAUACUAUGGAUGUUAAUCGCUGAGACCAGUAUCGGGCCAGCAUCGGGCCUGUCGCAAAGCGAUUGGGACCGGUGGGCCAGUGCGGCAAAGUCUACGUUCGAGAAAGCCGUGGACGUCGGAAAGGACUCGAUCGUCAAGCUGAGCACUGCUGCUGGCAAGGUAGUGAACCAUGUAAAGGACGCAACGCUCGGAGAGCGAUGCAAUAAGAGAUGGAUCAUAGCCAACACGUCUGGCCUGGAACAGACUCUUAAAGCUUCGCUUUGUGGCCAGCAUAUCGCCAUCAAGCACAUACUCGCCAGCCUUGGCCAGCUCAAGAGAGAUUUCAAAUCGAAGAGCAUGCACCAGCCACGAUUAUUCCAUUUCUAUGGUGGGCGUGGCACUGGAAAAACAUAUGCUGCCCAAAUAGUGAUAGACCAUCUCUACCGACAAGGAGAGUAUUCGAGUUUUGUCCACGUGUUCUCUCCGGCAAAGGACUUCCCAGAUCGGACCAUGGACUAUAUUUACGCUAGCCGGCUGCGGCAGAAACUCAUCAAGCUUGUCUCACUAUGUCCGCACCGCCUGUUCAUCUUUGACGAUUUUGACAAGAUGAGCCUGCUCGUGAAUCUUGCCUUGAAGCCCUUGCUCGCAAAGUCCAGAGUUCAGGAGUUUUCUAGAUCUAUCUUCCUGUUCAUGGGUACUGGUGGCCAGGAGCGCAUCAUGUCCACGCUUAUCUCCUUGUACAGGGAUGGAGCCAGUAGGGACACGCUCACGGCAGAUUCGUUUCGGCAGAGCAGAGGACCAACCACUGGUACCUGCGGCGCUGACCGGAUCUGCGAUGCAGGUGUCGACACGACACUAGAGUCACGGUUUGUGGAUGUGCCGUUCCUGCCGCUGGAGCGCGCCCACGUGGAGUGCUGCCUAAAAUCAGCAGCACGGCGGCUUUCAUGCAGUGUUGAACAGUACCAGGAUCGCCUCACGAAAGCAGUUGAUUUCCGGAAGUACGAGCGGUGGGAAUUUGCGGCUGCUGGAUGUAAGAAGCUCGCCAUUCAACUGAUAGAUGUUUGUUUGUAGCUGACAAGUUUUGCUGUCUGUUCAGCCAUUCACAAUGCCUGCCACAGGGCACAACAAACGAGGCAAUUUCUGUGACUAUUCUUCAAAUCAAAUUUAUACAUAUAGAGGUGUAAUUAGCUAGUUUAUGACUGGACUGGAUCACAUGGUCUGGGCUGGUGGAAGUCUUCGUAAUCCUGACACAAUAGCAUGAUGUUCGCUCCCCCUAAGUUUUAUCCUCGUGGAUGCUUUUCCACAUUCCGGAAUCGGCUCCUGUCUGUGUGACAGCAACAGGCACAUUAGAGAAAUGAGCGGCCUUUGCCUAGCCUCAAGUACAUCGUUCACAAGAUAAGGGGCACAGCCGAGCACUAUUGUGAUAGCGAUACGUUUGCAAUGCGAACUCAUUGUCCGUCACAAUCAGGGAGUAGCACAGUAUUGUGCUACUCCCUGGUCACAAUACUGCGACCUUAUCUUUGUAGUACAGUAAAUACUGGACAUAACGUGCCCCUUUGAUUUUUGAUAAUUUUUCAUUAUAUCCGGUGCAUCACUAUAGCCGAUUUGCAUGUGUGACUGACACAUGGCACAUGACUGCGCAUGAAAUGAUGCGUACAUGCUGGAAAAGGCAUGAAAAGCAUCCACGUGUACAUGUGGCUGCUUACAGCAUACAGGGAAGAAUUUUAUCUCACGUCUGCUGCCAGGUGCAUCCAGGCAACACUGGAUCAGUUUUGGAAGAAGUGAACUUUAUUGGAAGAACACUUGUUUUGUGAUCUUCACUCUUGAUCAUUAUAUGCGAUAUUUCCCUGUACAUUUGAUAUGGUUUGCUUCCGGAUUUGAUUUUGACGAGUUCUAUCAUUAUAGCCGGUAUAUCGUUACACCCGGUCACUUUAUAAACGAUACUCACUGUA